GCCAAUUUAUGAACGCGACGCGCUUUCCCAAAAAACCACUUAAAGUUCACUGAUGUUAACUGAUUCACGUUCAUCGCGUACACAGUACCUGCUAUCUAUACUUGCCAAGUACUUACAUAGCAGUACUAAUUCUCAUCGUACAUCAACAUCAACAUCACCCUCGGCCAUAAUCACAUUCCAAAUUUGAUGCUUCCAGGUUUCAUUAUUUCCUCUUCUUUUCCCCAUCGUCUUUGUCCUCAGGAAACGGUGUCAUGGCCAGCAAGCUUCUACCCCAGAAGCGCGUUCUCGGCGAUGCUUCUAGUCGCCUGAACUUGCCUGGAGACUCAUCCGCAAUAAAAAAACGUCGCUUAGAGCCGCAUUCUUCCUCACCAGCAUCGCGAUUGAACAGCUCCCAACAAGGUCCUGGCCAUAAACUAUUAUCUACUCAACCCAAGAGCGCCUUCGAGUCCGAAGUCCUUGAGAAACUAAGCCAGGAUAUCUCAGAACUCAAGCAGUCCAAUGCAGAGAAGGACCAAGCUUGGGAACGUCCUCCCGUUGUCAACUUUAGUCCCGAGAGGGAUAGUCUGAUUUUCCAACAAAUAGAAGCUGAGGAGGGCACACUCCAUGGCGGAAAUCCUACCGUCAAACUCUUCGGCGUUACUGAGAACGGCCACUCUGUCAUGCUUCACGUUACAGACUUCAAACACUAUCUCUAUAUUCCCGCCCCGAUAUCCUUCUCUCCUAAAGAUUGCGAUGCAUUCAAAGCCUAUCUCGAAACCCAAAUGGCCGAGAAGCAGACCUUUAUACACUCCUGCCAAUUCAUGAUGAAGGAGAGCAUUUUCGGAUUUCAAGGCAACACCCCAACCCCUUUUAUCAAGAUUACGGUCAUGGAUCCAAAGACCAUUUCGAAGCUCCGCGGCGGAUUCGAAAGGCCAAAAGAUUACAUUAAUUGGAAGGGCCUGUGGGAUGGAGCUGAAGGCGGGAUAAAAACGUUUGAUAACCUGCAAUACGUCCUACGAUUCAUGGUUGACUGCAAGAUCCCUGGUAUGUCGUGGGUAGAAGCCCCUGCCAAAGCAUACCGCCUCGUUAGAGACAACCAGCGACAAUCAAGUUGUCAAAUAGAAGCCGAAAUUAACUAUAAAGACCUGAUCUCCCACGAACCGAAAGGCGAGUGGUCCAAGAUGGCACCCUUGCGAAUUUUGUCAUUUGAUAUUGAGUGUGCUGGAAGAAAGGGUAUUUUCCCAGAAGCAAACCACGACCCAGUCAUUCAAAUUGCCAAUGUGGUGACACGUUACGGAGAGAGCAAACCCUUCGUUCGAAACGUAUUCUGCUUGGAUAAGACAAGUCCUAUCGUGGCAACGCAGAUCCUCGACUUCGAGAAGGAGGAGGAUAUGCUUAUGUCCUGGAAGCGAUUCCUAGACAAGGUCGACCCUGAUCUGAUCACUGGCUACAAUAUUGCCAACUUCGAUUUUCCAUAUUUGCUUAAUCGUGCAAAACACCUCAAUGUUCGUGGAUUCGAGUACUGGACGCGGUUACCCAGCGUCAGGUCGUACACCAGAGAAGCCAAAUUCUCUAGCAAGCAGAUGGGUAAUCGAGAUUCUCAGACUACCAAUACGAACGGGCGGCUACAACUAGAUCUUUUACAACUAAUCCAGCGAGAUCACCACCUUAGGAGCUACACUCUGAAUUCGGUAUGUUCUCAUUUUCUAGGAGAACAAAAGGAAGAUGUCCAUCAUACCAUGAUUACUGAGCUAUUCAACGGUACACCGGAAUCUAGACGACGAUUAGCACUGUAUUGUUUGAAGGAUGCUUACUUGCCUCAGCGAUUAAUGGAUAAACUUUCUUGUCUUGCGAACUACACAGAAAUGGCUAGGGUCACGGGAGUUCCGUUCAACUUCCUUCUUUCACGUGGACAACAGGUCAAGUUUAUGAGCCAGCUAUAUCGAAAAGCUUUGGAGCAAAAGCUUGUCAUUCCGAAUAGUAAAGGGGAAACCUCAGAUGAUCAGUAUGAAGGUGCUACUGUCAUCGAACCUACCCGUGGGUUCUACGACGUACCCAUCGCAACCCUGGAUUUUGCAUCGCUGUACCCCAGUAUCAUGCAAGCACAUAACCUUUGUUACACAACCCUCGUGUCGAAGAAAACAGUGGAUAGGCUUGAGCUCAAGAAGGACGAGGAUUACAUAGUUACGCCGACUGGUGAUCUGUUUGUCACGGCCAAGCAACGAAAGGGGCUCCUCGCUCAAAUUCUUGAGGAAUUGCUCACAGCCAGAAAGCAGGCCAAGAGAGAGCUAGCUGUCGAAACCGAUCCUUUCAAGAAAGCUGUCUUGAAUGGUCGUCAACUUGCUUUAAAGGUCAGCGCCAACAGUGUGUACGGUCUUACAGGCGCAACAACCGGCAAGCUUCCCUGUCUCGAAAUUGCCAGCAGCACCACUAGUUAUGGUCGGCAGAUGAUCGAGAAGACGAAGUCCGAAGUCGAGAAGAAGUACACAAUUGCGAAUGGCUAUUCUCAUGAUGCUCAAGUCAUUUACGGUGACACAGAUUCCGUCAUGGUCAAAUUUGGAACGAAGGAUUUAAGCGAGGCAAUGAAAUAUGGCGAGGAGGCCGCAAGCUUUGUGUCAUCCAAAUUUGCGAAGCCCAUCAAGCUAGAAUUCGAAAAGGUAUAUUUCCCAUAUCUGCUAAUCAACAAAAAGCGAUAUGCUGGUCUCUUCUGGACCAGACCUGAAAAGUACGACAAGAUGGACACCAAGGGUAUUGAGACAGUCAGGAGAGAUAACUGUCUUUUGGUACAAACCGUCAUUGAGAAGGUUCUCCGAAUGAUCCUGAUCGAUCAGGAUGUUCAGGGAGCUCAAGACUAUGUCAAGGACACGAUCGCAGAUUUGCUGCAGAACAAAGUAGAUAUGUCAAAGCUCGUGAUCACUAAAGCCCUCACCAAGGAAAGUUACGAUGCAAAGCAGGCUCACGUUGAGCUCGCACACCGUAUGAAGAAAAGAGAUGCUGGUUCUGCGCCCGGGCUAGGUGAUCGAGUGGCGUAUGUCAUGGUCAAGGGAGCGAGCGGAUCGAGGAACUUCGAGCGGUCGGAAGACCCCAUCUUCGUUCUAGAAAAUAACGUCCCAAUCGACACGAGAUAUUACUUGGACAACCAAUUAGCCAAGCCCUUGGGACGUAUAUUCGACCCGAUCCUCGGAGAAACCAAAGCCAAAUCGCUCCUCACAGGUGCCCACACGCGUGCCAUCUCGGUGGCGGCGCCCACAGUAGGGGGUCUCAUGAAAUUCACAAAGAAGACGAUGACAUGUAUGGGUUGCAAGAAGCCUCUUGUGACGAAGGACGAGAGUGAGGGUGCCGUCUGCUCUAAUUGUGCGCCGCGUGUAGGUGAGCUUUACAAGAAGACAUUAGACAAGGUGUCAGAUCUUGAAGUCCGGUUUGGACGCCUGUGGACGCAAUGUCAACGGUGCCAGGGGAGCAUGCACUGCGAGGUCAUCUGUAGCAGCAAGGACUGUCCUAUCUUCUACAUGCGCAUGAAAGCUAAGAAAGACGUCGAGGAUGCUAGCAAAGAGUUGAAGCGGUUCGAUUUCGAUCAAGCGGCUAUAUGGUAACGACUAGGUUAGUAAUCGGAGCUUCUAUAGUUCCCAGGGAGGUUGGACAUUUAUGGAGAAAUCGGGAGGGACACGGAGUCUUGGGUCGGUGGUUUAUUCAGGAGAUCUGGAGUUGCAAUGUGGUGGUCGCACUAGAAAGCCAACCACGAUGAAACCCGAAGAGGGCAUAUCACAAUAACGUUCGUAUGC